AUGGAGGAUGUUGAACCUCACCCUGUCCCUGCAAGCGGUUACAACUCUGAGGGCGACAACCUCAGUGAAGACAGCCUGUGUCCACCGAACAGAAAGGAUCUCUAUAAUUCGCACAAUGGUUACAAAGAUAAGCCUGGCCAGAAGUCACUACAAGAUGGUAUCGAGGAUGCGCUGAACAGCGUCGUUGAGCAAGAAGGCAUACGCCUUCAAACGGCAAUCAAUCGCAUUCUCGAAUGCAUGCAUGAGCUGAACACUAAGAUAGAAGAGUUCCGAGAUUACGUUGCAACCCAAGAUAGCGACAAUACGCCGCUCUAUCAAUGGAAUAAGUAUGAAGAAUUUCCCCGCAUUGCUCAAGCCACUCAUAAGCUUGGUACCGCGAUCAAGGUGCUCAAGAUUAUGUUUGAUAGAGUUCCAGGGGCGUUGGCCCCAGAAAUACCGAUCGCUACGAAAGCUAACAAUUUCCCCUUGCCUGUCUUUCCAGAAGACUACGCAACCGCAUGCAAAGACGAGGCCCUCCAAUGCUCCAUUUCCAUCAGUAAUGGGGCAGCAUAUGUCAUGGAAGUCGUCAACCAAACGACGGCUAAAUGUAUUGAUGAACUGGAGCUGUCGUCUUUGAGUCAAGGUGCUCGGAAGGCUGCAACGGAGGAGAUGUCCCGGGAACUUGCCAAGAUCAUGAAGUAUUCGACCGGAGCUACCGAGCAGGUCUACCUGGCUAAAGACCUGUUGAUUAAGGCCUUUGAGUCUUGCACCACCAUUAGGCAGGCGCCAAUGCAGCGCGAUAGCACUGAUACUCUAAAGUCGACUAAGCAAGACAUGGUUCGCAAGGAGUGGGUGGGCGGGUUGCAAAAGGGUGGUGCCUACAUCAUCCAUGGCCUCGCAGUCAUUGGCGUCCUUCUCCUGACCCUCCUGGUCACUGCUCCUUUGAAACCGAAUAUCGUGACGCGAGGGGAUCUUAAAAAGGUCGACAAUAGAAUGGAUCUGAUGAUGUUUUCUAUUAUGACGUAUGUUUUUGAAGAGAACAGUGCCAUGAAGGCUCGCCUUGCUGGACUUGAGAAGCUGUCUCAAGUUCAAACCAACAGGAGCGAAGCGAUCCAACUCCGCCUCGACAACCUCUGGGACUCUCUCGGCAUUCCGGAUGAGAACGGGAUGUAUCGGUUUGACAAGGAAUCUAAUCGGCUGAGUGAAUUCUUGGAACACCAGUUGAUAGACCUCAAGGGCGAGCUCCUCAAGCAGGCGAAGACACUAAAUGAUAUGCGGAGGCAGAACCACCUGAUGGACAUCCGUCUGACAAGGCAGAUUCAACGCCUUCAGCCCCGUGAGUCGAAAUGGGGGUGGUGGAAGACAGAGGAUGCCGAUAGGAAGAGUGAAGUCGACGAGGGGACCUGGGAGAACGACCGCGAAGAGAAUGAAACACGGGACCUUUAG